CCCCGAUAUUUGAAUGAAGAUAGAUACCAAUUAGACAAGGGGAAAACAUGACGGAUAAAAGUGAAUAUGACGAAGCAGUGGAGGCUUUCAAGACUCUAGUAGCCAUUAAAAAACAAAUUAUAAGUGCGUUGCAGAACGAAUGGGAUUAUUCUAUAAGGGAGUGUAGGAAUAUUUCUGAUUUUUGCCACUAUGACAUGUCCAAUAAUGCCGAAGCAAGGGAAAGCGUUGAUGAUUCCAUACAGUCAGAUGGGCAACAAACGGGACAGGAAGGUAGACAAAUAAGCUUAGAUAGCAACUGUAACGCGGAUUUUAGCCUCCCACUGCUUAAGUGGCAAUCAUCGGAACAACAGGAACUAGAAAGAAAUUGGAAUUCUCAACUCAAAAAGUCAAUUGAGUGCCUGAGAAAAGAUGUAUCAAAUUCUUCAAAAUCAAGCCCAGUCUCCAUGACUGAGGUGGAGGCUAUAUACCAGUCUAUUGAACAACUGAAAAACGCAUAUUUCCAGGUGGUUGAAGAACGAGAUAAAAACAAUAAACUAUGGCUCAGACUUAAGAUGUACAGCCAUAAUAGAAGAGAAACAAUAGAAAAGGUGUGCAAACCAUAUGGGAGCAUCAAACAAGUAGUGGAUGAAAUGCAACGCAAAGGGAAACCUAAGGAACAAAGCGCACAACGUACCGUUAAAAUAGUGGACAGAGUUGAUACAUAUGAUGUCGAGACUAACAGAUAUGUAGAACGUGCCGUGACAGAACAUAGCAAAGCCAGGAAACCGGAGGAUAAUGGAAGAGCAUUUAACUCCCAGCCGGAUGCUACAAUGAUGGCCAAUGGACCAAACCUAGAAGAAUUUGUAAACCAAACGAAUAAUAUGGAGGAUUUCUAUAACGCAGCAAUGCGUAUUUACUCGCACUACGGGGAAGGACGAAUGACACUUAAAAUAUUCAGUAAUCUAGUGGACUACCUCAUUAGUUCAUUGGGUAUACCGAGCAUAGACAAAGCAUUGUUUAAGAAGAUAUUUGAUAUAUACGGCAUCGCAGCAGGAACAUUGAUCACUAAGGAAGUGUUUGUAAUGAUGUACUGGGAAAUGGCACACGUAAUACGCAAGGCAAUUGAAGUCAUGCAUAGCCUAAAUGGUAAUAUGAUGAAACCACAAAUGGACACACGACCACCAGAUGAUCCUAAAACAUUUGUAUGUAUCACGGACUACUUUGAAUUCAAGAAAAAGCUUUAUAGUGGUACAUCUUGCACCAAGUUCCUGGCUACUGACUUGAAUACGGGUGAAUUGAGAGUAGUGGACAUAUUACAUAAAUCGGGGAAAAUACCACCAUAUGAACAACUGGCACCCGAAGUAGCCAGGCUGGCAAAGUUGCAAAGGCAGAACUUGGCACUGUAUCUCAAUACCUACCAUGACCUCAACAAUAUAUACAUCAUUUCGGAAUUCUGCUCAGGAGGCUCGCUGCUCCACAAUAUCAGCAUUAGGCAUGAAAAUAGCUAUACCAUGGAGUUUGUACACGUGGUAGUGGCACAACUAAUCGAGGCAGUGCUCUAUCUGCACUGCAACAAUAUAGUGCAUGGCUCAUUGACUAUAGAUAAGGUGAUGCUACAGGAAAAUGACUAUAACCACGUCAAACUGAGAGAUGCUGGAUUGGGAGGAUUAAUAGAUGUAGAUAUGCGAGGGUCGAAACUUACUGUAAUAUGUAUAGCUCCAGAAGCUAAAGAGGGAAGAGUUACACUCAAAAGCGAUAUUUGGUCAAUUGGAGUAAUAUUGGCAUUCCUGGUAACAGGAGUGGCACCAGUAGAAGGAGGCACGCACCAAGACUACAUUACAGCAGUUAAUACACACCUGAAGAAUGGAAAUGUAUUCAAGUAUGACGAAAACUUGAGAGAUAUAGUAACCAAAAUGAUAAGUAUCAACCCAAGCGACAGACCAGAUGCAUUCCAGCUAAUUACACACCCCUGGUAUACACAUUCAGGGUAUGCAGGACAUCCACCCGGAUAUUUCAAAGCAAUGGUACAACCGAUAAGACGCCUAAUCGCCAUCAAACAGACACAUGUAGACAUCAUACGUGUACUGGAGGCACAAAACGCACUCUACGUAAACAACGUACCCAAGCUUUUAGACACUAUACGGAUGGUUAAAAAAAUGAAAAAUGAUACAAUAAGCGGGAAAGACUUUACAAGAAUAAUGCUGAUGCAAGGACUGGAAACGCAAAUAGUAGAUAACAUACUGAUGCUCAUACUUUACGGACGCGAUGAAUUGUCAAUAGAAACGUUUGAAAAUGCAUUAAUACGUUGGAAAUAUGGUGUAAUAGCACUGGCGUGGUCAGAGUUCCACAGAAUUGCGCAAGAAGAUGGAAGAUCCAUGAAAGCAGUGGACUUCGCAAGAUUCCUAACAGGAACACGUAGCCAAUUGCUGCCAAGGGAAGAAGUACCACGUGUGUGCAAAAAUAUUGCAGUAGACCAGCAUAUUAUGUGGACGGAUUUCAUUCAUUACCUCGGAUGAUACCCUAGUCGGGUGGGUGACGCGUGGAAUAUAUCCAGAGGAUGCCU